CAAGCGGGUGAUAUCCUCUGUGGCUUCAACUUUAUGCAGACUUCCUUGCCAUGAAGCGGAACUCUUUUUGUCUUUUGUGUGCUUGAUCUCAUUCUCACGGACACCUGGUUCGGAUCAUACAUAGGCAGCUCUGAAGAGAGCUCGGUGAGAGUCUGCACACGCAUCUGGUGCAUCGUCAAGCUCGAAUGUUUCAGUUUCUUGAUUAAGGAGGUGGCAAUAUGGGUUUCUGAUAAUUAGAAGCGUCGAUGAUUCUUGGAAGCGAAAAUGCUAAUAUAGGAUGAAUCAAGUGAAAACUCUCUUCUUGUUGUGAUUCUCGACUCGAGUUGGUACUUGGUGUUUGUCACUGUUUAACUCCGAUUUAUUGUUCGAGCUUUGCUGACGCGACUGGAUCUUAAUGCACGCCCAACUACCAUUCACGUUCACAUGCAACCUGUGGAGAGAGAGAGAGAGAAGCUUUGUAUUUCUCUUCCAUUUUUUUAUUCUUUUGCAUGGUCAAACUCAAACUAAUCACACGCCAAUCUAUACCUAGUGCAUAACCCAACACCGAGAGGGAGAAGAGAAGGAUUUGACUAAGGUUUCGGUUCCCAUGACCAUGUCUGAGGAAUCCCAAGUUUCGAGUGUCGGAUUUGACCCACUCAUGAGUGAUUUGGAUGAGAAGAAGCAGAGUUUUAGGCGAAACGUGCUCUGUUUAGCAUCGGAGCUGAGAGAGGUUCGAAGUCGGCUCGCAUCGCAAGAGCAAUCAUUUGAAAGGGAAGCCCUCUCAAGACAGGAAGCAGAGAGCAAGGUGAGGAGGAUGGAGGAGGAAUUGAUUGGAUUACAAAGGAGAUUGGAGGAGAAGGGUGGGGAGCUUCAAGCUUCAAUUUCUGCUUCUGAGAAGUGUCUCCAGCAAAUGGAUGCUCUUAAAUCACAGAUCAUGAUCACUCAAGCCACGGCAGAUACUAAUGUUGCAUCAGCUCAAUCAGUGCAGUUUCAGUGCCUUGCUCUCUUGAAAGAAUUUGAUGAGAAGAAUUGUUCUUUAAAGGAGAAUGAGGAUCGUGUUAAUAGGUUAAGCGAGCGAUUAAAUGACCUGCAGAAGGAUCUUCAAGCGAGGGAGUACUCACAAAAGCAACUGAGAGACGAUGUUACGAAGAUUGAGCGUGAUAUCACAGAAGCGCUUGCUAAAUCAGGCUUAAGCAAGGACUCUGAACUGAGAAAACUACUAGACGUGGUAUCUCCAAAGAACAUCGAGAAUAUUAACAAACUUUUGGUGGUUAAGGAUGAAGAAAUAGGAAAUCUGAGGGACGAGAUCAGCAUCAUGUCCGCUCAUUGGGAGCUCAAGGCGAAGGAGUUGGAAUCACAGUUGGAGAAGCAGCGGAGAGUGGAUCAGGAGCUGAAGAAACGGGUGCUGAAGCUGGAAUUCUGUCUCCAGGAAUCCCGUUCCCAGACACGGAAGCUUCAACGGAUGGGAGGCCGAAGAGACAAAGCUAUCAAAGAACUCAAGGAGCAAUUAAUGGCGAAGCUGCACCAAAAGAGCGGUCCGAGCGGUAACCGCAAACAGAACUUCUGGGAGUCCCCUAGCUUCAAGAUAGUGGUUUCCAUGUCCAUGUUGAUUCUGGUAGUUUUCUCAAAGCGGUAGAAAUUUGUCACAACAAGAGUUCUCCUGUAAAAAGGCAAAAACAUAACAAGGAAAAGGAAAUAGCAGGUGCUAUUUUGCUCAUUUGCUUGCAGCAUUGGCCAAUGCAUUUUUGUAGUUC